AACUGGCAACACUAGGGAGAUUCUGCAACGUUCAUCUUUGGGAGGGAAUUAGAGAGAAAAGGUUUAAGAAUAGUGUUUUUAUGUCCUGUCCUAGAUUUUGGCGUAGCGUUUUAAACCUGAUCUAUUCUGCCGACCUACUUAUUCUCUCGCUUUGACUACUUCCGCUAACGCCUGUUUUUUAAGAUGGCUUCAUGGAUUGGACAUGCGGAUAUGUCCUUUAUCUACCCGGAAAGGACGGUUAACUUCAAGACGAACGGGGGAAAGGAGACGGAAUUCGCGGAGAUUGUUCGAAAAGUUAUCCCGCCUUGCCACUUGAAUCCACUCCUUUUCAAUGGUCAUGUACAAACCUGCUGGACGGCCGUGAACCAGGCUGCUCCCAAGACGCACUACAGGCGUAGGGUAUUCCAGGCCGAAAACCCGGCAUUUGUGGGCAGUUUCGCUGUGGAUUUCGUGGUGGACAGCAAAGCAGACAAGCCGGACGUGUCUCUGCCCCCGAGGACCACCUUCUUUACGGACGAAGAAUUCAAGGGUAUCGGCUCCGAGGAUGGCAAACCGAUGCUAGUGCUCCUUCACGGCUUGAGCGGCGGCUCCCACGAGGUCUAUCUGCGGCAUGCCUUGGAAGAGGUGACCAACGAGGGCGGUUGGGAAGCGUGCGUCAUCAAUGCGCGAGGCUGCGCCAGGUCGCAGAUCACCAGCGAGGUGCUGUUUAAUGCCCGAGCCACUUGGGAUGUCCGGCAACUGGUGAAGUGGCUCCGGGAGACGUUUCCCAAUCGCCCGCUGUUUGCCGUAGGGUUCUCAUUGGGUGCGAACAUCUUGACCAACUAUUUGGGAGAAGAGGGAGACAACAGCGUCAUCAAAGCCGCGGUGGUCUGCUCAAAUCCAUGGAAUCUGGAUGUUAGCAACCAUGUCCUCCAAAAUUCCUUCCUGGGGUUGAACGUUUACUCAAAAGUUAUGGGUACGAACAUGAAAGGAUUAUUCGAACAACACUGGGAGCAAAUUGCAAAAAACCCCCGCAUUGAUAUUGAUGCUGUUCGAAACUCGACGUAUCUCUAUGAGUUCGAUAGACAUGUGCAAGGGCCCACAUGGGGGUACCCAUCAGAGGGCGCAUAUUAUAGGGACGCUUCCUCCUCCGACGCAUUGCUUGCGGUGAGGACUCCUUUGCUAGCCAUCAAUGCAACCGAUGAUCCUAUUGCCGUCCGAGCUGCCAUUCCGUUCGAGGAGUUUAAGUUCAACCCAUAUGCCGUUCUUUGUACAACGUCCCUCGGAGGCCACCUUGCCUGGUUUGAAACUGGAGGAAGCAGGUGGUUUGCACGAGCUGUCGGAAAAUUUUUCAAGACGAUGGCCAAGGAUAUCGAUUUGGACUCAGUGCAGUCAGUGCAAUCGGACGAUCCAGUAUAUAAGCAUGCGGGAAAUGGGUCCCCUGAAUUCCACCCAAUGCGACGGAAACUGCAGUUGGCCAUAUAGCUGCCAUUCCGGUGGUAUCUUCGGGCAUAAUGUACAAGUCCAGCUCUUUUAUCCAAAGGAUACCCGCUUUUUGGCUUUCCCACGAGCCUGAGAGUCUUCGCCCUCCGGCUUGACUGAGUCAGAUUCCGAGGGUCUUUUCUUUUGGCGCUUCAGUUCGCCUUUGGUUU